ACCGUGCAUAUAUAUAUAUAUAUGAAGCUAAGCUUACGUGACAACAAUUAUAUAGAAAAGAAAAUUCAAUUAGGAAUUUCCAUUUUCCUGGAUAUGCGCAAGUCGAUCUAUAAACGAACGAUGAAGCAUUAGAUUUUGACGAAAGUACAUUUAACCCGGUAUACAAAAAUGCGCGUGAGUGCCAUCGCGUAUAUAUACACACGCGGGAAGAUCCCCUGCUAUAAUGUCAAAUUUACAGUAUUAGACUCGAGCUUCGCAUUUUCUUUUGUUAUCAACAAAUCAGUGAUAAAAAAAACGCAUUUUUUUAUUCAAUCAUUUGUAAAACGAAAACUAAUAUGCUGACAUGAAUUCAAAAGAAGAAAUACACUGAAUGAAAAUUCAAAGAGAAUGAGCGCUGAUCGAAUAACGAUCCGAUCGGCUAUAUAAUCGCCAUUUUUGAAAUUGAUCAAAUAAUGUAUUGAUCGAUUACGAUCUAUAUAAAUAUAGAAAGAACCUUAAUAUAUAUUUUGCGGACGACACCCGUUCGUCGUUAAAGUCUAUUCACUGAAGAUCGCAGAUCAAGGUUUCUCGGGUCUGUUCGCAGCGCACAAUCUCACUUUUCAUUAAAAUUAAUCGAGCUCAUCGCGAGAAUUGAUUUGCGCUGGUUAAUAUAUGGACGAUAUUGGUCGUCGCGUGGAAAUCGGUCGCAAUUCUGCAGAAAUGUUCUACAUGCACCCCCAUAUUUGCAUUGAUUAAGAUUAUUUUUUUAAUACAUUCACAUAUUGUCGGUUUGAAUCGACAAUUUUUCCGAAAUCCGUUCUCAUUUUGUAUUUCCAUUUUAUUUCUUUUCUUUUAUUUUUCAUGUAUUCUUUUCAUUUGCACCGCGGCGCUCGAGUCGGGUUCGUCUGCUCUCCAAACGGUAACGAUGACGGUCCAAUUGACCAGUCGCGGAACAAUCGUCGUGUUGAACGGACGUAAAUUUUUACCACCCGAGAAAUAUAGCAACUUCUCUUCGAGUGAAUAACUUUGGUCAAACAUUCGCAAGACGAGGAAUUCGAAACGUGAGUCAUUUCGCUGCAAUUGCCAGAGGAAUAUCGGGAACUAUGCCGUGCCCUUUUUUGACUCGUUUAUCAGCGAAUUAUGUGCGCAACUAUGGAACCUCUUUGAUAAUGACUUAUCGUCAGCACUGUCCGGUAAUGUCACGAAUGUCGAGUACCACCUGCGGAGAAUCGUCGGAGUCAACGAGCGAGACCUCGGGCUUGAACAAGUGUCCGUUUUUGACAAAGGAGAAAGAUGCAGUGAAGAAAGCAUCGUCGGACGUUGAGGACGACAUAAUAAAUUUGGCAUGUGAUACGGAAGAAAAAUUCAAUGACGAGAGCAAAGAUUUCCCUUAUGAAGACUUUUUCCAUGGGCAAAUAAAGAAGAAAAAGGAGGAUCAUUCGUAUAGGAUAUUCAAAAAAGUGAAUCGUCUGGCAGAAAAAUUUCCGGCAGCGGUGGAAUACUCGUGGGGAGAAAAGCCGAUAACGGUAUGGUGUUCGAACGACUAUUUGGGGAUGUCUCGUCAUCCGACAGUGACAAACUCAGUCAGAGAAGCGUUGGAAAAGUUUGGAGCGGGAGCAGGAGGAACGAGGAACAUAUCUGGCAAUUCGAUGGGCCACGAAAGGCUUGAAAAACGUUUGGCUGAUUUGCAUAAAAAAGAGUCGGGUCUUUUAUUCACCUCGUGCUACGUUGCUAAUGAUUCGACGCUUUAUACGCUAGCGAAAAUUUUGCCGAAUUGUCAUGUAUUUUCAGACUCGGGUAAUCAUGCCUCAAUGAUACAGGGCAUAAGGAACAGCGGUGUUACAAAACAUAUAUUUCGUCACAACGACGUUCAACACCUAGAACAAUUGUUGAGAAGUACCGAUAGAAAUUUGCCUAAAAUAGUUGCUUUCGAAACCGUACAUUCAAUGAACGGUAGCAUUUGCCCUCUCGAAGAACUUUGCGACGUUGCUCACAAAUACGGAGCUCUCACCUUCGUUGACGAAGUACACGCUGUUGGUUUGUACGGCUACACCGGAGCUGGCAUCGGCGAGAGAGACUGGGUAUCCCACAAAAUGGACAUCAUCUCUGGUACGCUUGGCAAAGCAUUUGGCAACAUCGGCGGAUAUAUCGUCGGCACUUCCAAUCUCAUCGAUAUGAUCAGAAGUUAUGCCGCUGGCUUUAUAUUCACUACCUCUCUACCACCUACUGUACUUUACGGUGCUCUAGCUGCCAUCGAUAUUCUUGCUUCGGAUGAAGGACGGACCCUCAGAUCUACUCAUCAGAACAAUGUAGCUUAUUUGAAAUCCAUUCUCAAUACCGCUGGUUUGCCCCUCGAACCGUCACCUUCUCACAUCAUUCCGAUUAAGAUAGGAGAUCCAUUGUUGUGUAGUCAAAUAGCGGAUACGCUGUUGCGUGAGAAAGGCCAUUACGUACAAGCAAUAAAUUAUCCAACGGUGGCAAAAGGCGAAGAAAAAUUGAGAUUAGCACCAACACCGAGACACACGCGUAGCAUGAUGGACAAACUUGUCAGGGACACUCUCGAUGUUUUUCAUUAUCUGAACAUACCAAAAUCGAUCGCCAAAACGGAAGAAAUGGUGCAUGCUAUAUCCGUCCAUUAACAAAACGUAUCUUAGUACCACAAUAAAUUCUAUAUAAUUGUUAAAAUAUAUAACUAGGUUCAAUCGCACACGAGUACCAUAUUUCCACUGUCAAUUUUGUAGCAACAGGAUUGAAUUUGAAGAAAUAAUUUCAUAAAAUUCGUCCAAUGAUGCUGGAUUUAUUGACAUUGUAAUUUACAUAUAGUUUCCAAGUGCAAUCAACAUUGCCAGAAAUACAUAUAUUUCCUUCAAA